UCGUGCUCGCUGUGUCUAGCUGGGCAGCCUCUCGGUUCGGUCCUGCCACGGCACUACCGCCUGGCAGCUAACCCUACCGCCGUCCGCCACCGCGCCGCCCGCACGUGCCCCGCCGCACCCCCUGCCACGCAACCGGGCCGCCCUCCACAGUCGCACUCGCCGACUCGCCUGUCCCUCCUCCUCGAAAUUCCGGCCCGACGGCGCACAUCUCUCCACACUGACCCACACGACGCCCACAGGGCAGCGGCGCAGCAGAAACUCCGUCACUGACCGUGAGAUAAAUGACUUCAAAUUUCAUGAAGAAGAAUGAGUACUAAGGGCCAGCCAAUUUGCAGAUAGCCCUAGCCUACCUAGCAAGAGUCGUGCUGGCUCAAUCCCCCCCAACUCACGGCCUCCGAGUGACUAGUCCGGGGAUUCAACGCCAGCGACGGCCACGGUGGAGAGGAGAUGUUCACGAACGCACAGCGCCAGGUCGAGCGCACCGGCCGUGGCGGCACUUCGAGAGACCAGUACCUUCAGGAUCUCGUGACCCAGUUCCAGGACUCCACUGAUGAAGAGUGCAAGGAGAGGAUAGUUGCAAACUUGUCAAAUUUCGCAUAUGACCCUUAUAACUACGCCUUUAUGCGCCAGCUGAAUAUUCUUGAGUUGUUCUUGGAUUGUAUUACGGAGUCAAAUGAAAGGCUUGUUGAGUUUGGCAUUGGUGGAAUAUGUAAUUCAUGUGUUGAUUCAGCGAAUGCUUCAGUUAUUACUCAAUGUGGUGGAAUCCCAUUGGUUGUACAAUGCUUAUCUAGCCCAGUUAGGAAUACCCAGGUGAUUUAUGCACUUGGAGCCUUGUACUACUUAUGCAAUCCUUCAACAAAGAAAGAGAUUUUGAAACCAGACGUCCUGCGGAUGAUAAGAGACUAUUCUGCAGCUGGAGCCGUUAACAGCAGCUUCAGCAAUCUGGCGACUGCAUUUCUGGACAAGCAUGUCAACUCGUGACUUCAGUUCGGAACUGCAGAUGGUAAAGGCUUGUAGGGUUUUAUCUGCUAGAAACGAGAGAGUAGAAGCUAUGCAGGAGUUACAGUUCCGUGGCUGUUUAUCGAAGCACAACAAUAGGCAGUAGUGAGUUGGUGAUAUAAAGCUGGAACUUAUACAACCUCUGUGAAAACUCAGUAAGUUUAUCAGUGUUGUUGUCACGGUAUUUAUUCCAGAAAACCGUGGAGUUGUAUAUUGUAUAGUUGAUUAGGAUUUGUGUUUGAUGAUGGUCUUGCAGUAAAAUGAAGAAGGAUAGAAUGCAUAUAUGUUGAAUCCAUGUUCUGGAAUGCAA